AGUAAUGUAACAAGUAAACAACAACACUGUCUUUUUUCCUUUCUAGCUUUCCUACCAUGGAAGCCAAUCUCAAUUUCAGCGUGUGAAUCCUCAUUUCAAUUCUUGCUUUUGUUUGUUUAAGAUAGUUGGUGUGUACAAGAGGAAAGGGCCUGAAAGUGGCGUGUCUUCUACGGAGGUUUCACCACAAAACGGUGGAGGAAUCUUCUUCCUUCGUUCCAUUUCGAAGAUAUCCGAGUACCCUUUGAUUCAACUUUGGAUCUUCAGCUCUGAUUUUCUGUCAUUGGUGGAUUUAACAACACUUGGGGUUUUUUUUCCCUCGGGCGAAUUGUGAGCGACAAGCACAAAGAAGACGUGCAUUCUUUCUAGAAGGGAGAGAAAAUGGCGACAUUUCAAGAUAUUGGGGUUGCAGCUGCCAUAAACAUUUUGAGCGCAUUUAUUUUCUUUGUGGCAUUUGCUAUUUUGAGGCUUCAACCUUUCAAUGAUCGGGUAUACUUCCCAAAAUGGUAUCUGAAGGGUUUAAGAACAGAUCCUCUACACGGAGGAGCAUUUGUGCGCAAGUUUGUCAAUUUAGAUUGGAGAUCAUAUCUUAGGUUUUUGAAUUGGAUGCCAGCUGCACUUAGAAUGCCAGAACUCGAGCUUAUUGAUCAUGCUGGAUUGGACUCUGUUGUUUACUUGAGGAUUUACUUGCUAGGACUUAAAAUCUUUGUUCCUAUAGCAUUCCUGGCAUGGGCAGUUCUGUUUCCUGUCAACCGGACAAGUACUGGGCUAGAAGGAGCUGGAGUAAACAACAUAACUUCUAGUGACAUUGAUAAAUUCUCAAUUUCAAAUGUCCAUAAAGGAUCUGAAAGGUUUUGGGCACACAUUGUAAUGGCUUAUGCAUUUACCUUUUGGACAUGCUAUAUUUUGCUAAAGGAGUAUGAAAAAGUUGCCUCAAUGAGAUUGCAAUUUCUUGCAGCAGAAAAACGUCGUCCGGAUCAAUUUACGGUGCUCGUUAGAAACAUUCCACCAGAUCCUGAUGAAUCUGUAAGUGAGCUUGUGGAGCACUUUUUUCUGGUCAAUCAUCCAGAUAACUAUCUUACUCACCAGGUUGUUUAUGAUGCAAACAGACUAGCAAAGGUUGUUAAAAAGAAGAAGAAGUUGCAGAAUUGGCUUGUCUAUUAUCAAAAUAAACUUGAACGAACUUCAAAAAGACCUGAAAUGAAGACUGGUUUCCUUGGUCUUCGUGGAAAGAAAGUGGAUGCUAUUGAUUAUUAUACCACUGAAAUUGACAAGCUUGCAAAAGAAAUAGCUUUAGAGAGGGAUAAGGUCACUAAUGAUCCCAAGUCUAUCAUGCCCGCUGCAUUUGUUUCGUUCAAAAGUCGAUGGGGUGCUGCAGUUUGUGCACAAACUCAACAAACCAGAAAUCCAACAAUUUGGUUGACUGAGUGGGCUCCCGAGCCACGGGACAUCUAUUGGUCAAACUUGGCAAUUCCAUAUGUUUCCCUCACUGUCAGAAGGUUGAUCAUAGCUGUUGCAUUCUUUUUUCUCACUUUCUUUUUUAUGAUCCCCAUUGCUAUUGUACAAACUUUUGCGAGUCUUGAUGGAAUCCAAAAAGCAGCACCAUGGUUGAAGCCACUUAUUAAUGUCCCUAUCAUUAAGUCAUUCAUUCAAGGUUUUUUACCUGGUAUUGUAUUGAAGCUUUUCCUCAUCUUUUUGCCUGCAAUAUUGAUGAUAAUGUCAAAAUUCGAAGGCUUUGGAUCUAUAUCAUCUCUGGAGAGAAGAUCAGCUUCUAGAUAUUAUCUUUUCAAUUUUGUGAAUGUAUUUCUUGGGAACAUAAUUACCGGAACAGCAUUUCAACAGCUGGACUCUUUCAUUCACCAACCAGCCAAUGAAUAUCCUGUAACAAUUGGAACUUCGAUUCCUUUGAAAGCAAGUUUCUUCAUUACUUAUAUAAUGGUUGAUGGUUGGGCCGGUAUAGCUGCAGAGGUUUUGAUGUUGAAACCACUAAUCAUAUAUCACUUGAAGAAUUUCUUCUUGGUGAAGACUGAAAAGGACAGGGAAGAGGCCAUGGAUCCUGGGAGUAUUGGUUUCAAUACUGGAGAACCACGUAUACAAUUGUACUUUUUGCUGGGUCUAGUCUAUGCUGCAGUGACACCUUCUGUUCUUCCUUUCAUAAUAAUUUUCUUUGGGCUUGCCUAUGUUGUGUUCCGUCAUCAGAUAAUCAACGUUUAUAAUCAAGAGUAUGAGAGCGGUGCUGCAUUCUGGCCAGAUGUCCAUUUUCGAGUCGUGUUUGCACUGAUAGUCUCACAGAUAGUUCUGAUGGGACUCCUGACCACCAAAAAGGCUGCUUCAUCAACUCCAUUUCUCAUUGCACUCCCAAUACUGACCAUAUGGUUCCAUAGAUACUGCAAAGGCCGUUUUGAAUCUGCAUUUGUUAAAUAUCCCUUACAGGAAGCAAUGAUGAAAGAUACAUUAGAACGAGCUACAGAACCUAACCUGAACUUGAAAGGUUACCUUCAGAAUGCCUAUGUUCAUCCUAUUUUUAAGGCUAGCAUGGAUGAUGAUGAUGAUGAUGAUGAGGAAGAGAUAAUGAGUCAAAAGUGGGAAACUGAGAGUGUUACUGUGCCCACAAAACGCCAUUCACGAAGGAGUACACCAUUGCCCAGCAGAAUUAGUGGUGCAUCAUCUCCAUCUCUGCAAAAUCAUCCAGAACCAUAAAUCAUGGACCAAUGAAUGAUGUCAUCAUUAUUGACCGGACAUACUAGGAUGGAUGUGCAUAUAUUUACAUAUAUGAUGGGUUACAUACAUCAGUGGACAUGUGCUUGCAGCAGCAUAAGCUGGGAAAGCUAUCGGCGGAUGAAAAGUACCACGUGCAGACUAUAAGGCAGAGAUUCUUUGAUAAUAUUUCGGAUUUUGUUAAUAUUGAAUUUGUGCCUCCAAGUAGAUAAACAUGCUUUUCAAAUCUAUAUACCAAGAAGCACAUAGAGGAUGUGCAUGACAUUACACCACGGAAUAGUGUAAAUUAUCCAAAAACUGAUCAUUUAGAUUGUGUGUAUAAUUUUUCUCGUUUCAUCUUACCUUCUGCUUUUCCU